AGCUGAGAGCCCCGUGGUUGCUCGCCCAUCAGGCCGGGGUGCGCGGGUUGGCGCGCUCGGUCCUCCUCUGUCCGGGGGUCCCGGGCGCGGGGCGCGCGUCUGUCCACCCGGAAGCCGAGGGCAGCGCGGAGGAGCGUGGAGCGACGGACUCGGUGGGGUCCAGCAGGUUAAAUAGUUUUGGAAGCUUAAAAGUACAAAAUGUGCAGCAAUCAAACAAGCAUCGAAAGUGCUUAGGUUCUUCACACUCUGUAAAAUAACUUGCUACCGAGAUGUCAGUACACACGUUGCAUAAUAGACACAACAGUGGCAGCCUGGAAGUUUCUUCUUCCCAGAAGGCUUCAUCAUCGAGUGGCCUCACCCACAGCAGACAACUUAAACUGCCCUUGAAGUCAAAUACGUCAGAGUGUGAAAAUCAUGACCCAUUACUGAGUGCAGGAGACAAAGCCAGAGACAUAAAUAGCACUUAUGUUAUCUCUGCCUGUAAAAAAGCAAGAGAGACCCCCGUUACCCCAGACCCUAAUAGACUGACCCUUCAGAGAAGGGCUACUUGGAACAAAGAAUCAUCUUUACUUGGUAAUGAGUUGGGAAACAUUACUAAAAAAACAGCAGAGUCAAGUCUUAGGUUACAACGUUGUCACACUAAAACGGAUCUUGUGGAAAAGCGGGAAACGUCGAAUACUGUGGGAGUUAGCGCAGAAAAUAACUGUGAGUCACAGGAAACGAGGACAGAGGCAAAGCCUGUAAACUCUGCAGUUUCUGUGAAAGACUCAGGUGACGCUGGAGUAACGGUUUCCACCUUCACCACCUCAAGUGAAAACAGGACAGUUAAGAACCCAAGCAGUAGAGCGCUUGUUGGUUCCCAGUGUCAGGCUGAAGCUGUGAGGUCAGAACUCUUAGCGGUGAAACCAAUGGAGAGCAAGCUGGACAUCAAAGCGUCAGGAGCAGGAACCUCACACCACGGAAAUGCUGGGAAAGACGUUACAAAAAAUGUCAAUAAGUUUGGAAGCUUAGAAACAAAGACCCCCGUGAAAUGUGUUCCAGAACACAGAUGGACACCAAGGCAUGAGCUGCCUCCACCCAAAAGCCCAGCUAUAUCAACGCUGAAAACCAGGAUAGCAAGCCCUCGGGGCAAACCACGACCAAAAAGUUCUCUUCUGGCAAAUAAAAGGGAAAGAUCACAAGAAAGUACACUUCCUCCAGAAGACAAAACCACAGUUCAGAAUACCUUUGCAGAAACAGACUCCUUAAAAGUUGAAAACAGUCAAGUGACCGUGGCUGUCCGCGUAAGGCCUUUUAGCAAAAGAGAGAAGAUUGAGAAAGCAUGCCAGGUUGUCUUCACCAAUGGCGAGGAAAUAACCGUGGAACAUCCCGAGAUGAAGCAAGUUUACAGUUUUAUUUACGACGUUUCGUUUUGGUCUUUUGAUGAAUGUCACCCUGACUAUGCUAGCCAGACAACUGUGUAUGAGACGUUGGCAGCGCCACUCCUAGAAAGAGCUUUUGAAGGCUAUAACACCUGUCUCUUUGCCUAUGGUCAGACUGGCUCUGGAAAGUCCUAUACGAUGAUGGGACUUAAUGAAGAACCUGGAAUAAUUCCAAGAUUCUGUGAAGAUCUUUUUGCUCAAGUAGCCAAAAAGCAAACCCCAGAGGUCAGCUACCAUCUUGAGAUGAGCUUCUUUGAAGUUUAUAACGAGAAAAUUCAUGACCUUCUGGUUUGUAAAGGUGAAAAUGGUCAGAGAAAACAACCACUGAGAGUGAGGGAGCAUCCUGUUUUUGGACCAUAUGUUGAAGCUCUGUCAAUGAAUGUUGUCAAUUCUUACUCUGAUAUUCAGAGUUGGCUGGAAUUGGGAAAUAAGCAAAGAGCAACUGCAGCUACUGGAAUGAACGACAAAAGCUCCCGAUCUCAUUCGGUUUUCACCCUGGUGAUGACCCGGACCAAGACAGAAUUUGUGGAAGGGGAAGAGCAUGACCACAGAAUCAUAAGCCGUAUAAACUUAAUAGAUUUGGCGGGCAGUGAGCGCUGCUCUUCAGCCCACACGAGUGGAGAGCGACUGAAGGAAGGUGUGAGCAUUAACAAGUCCUUGCUAACUUUGGGGAAGGUCAUAUCUGCACUCUCUGAGCAAGCAAACGGAAAGAGGGUUUUCAUUCCAUAUCGGGAUUCCGUUCUUACAUGGCUAUUAAAAGAAAGCCUGGGUGGGAAUUCCAAAACAGCAAUGAUUGCUACCAUCAGUCCUGCUGCCAGCAACAUAGAGGAAACCCUGAGCACACUCAGAUACGCCACCCAAGCCCGACUGAUAGUCAAUGUCGCCAAAGUCAAUGAAGACAUGAAUGCAAAGUUAAUUAGAGAACUGAAAGCAGAAAUUGAAAAGUUAAAAGCUGCUCAGAGAAACAACCGGAAUAUUGACCCUGAACGAUACAGACUAUAUCGACAAGAGAUAACGUCUUUAAGGAUGAAGCUGCAUCAGCAGGAGAAAGACAUGGCAGAAAUGCAAAGAGUAUGGACAGAAAAGUUUGAACAAGCUGAAAAAAGAAAACUUCAAGAGACAAAGGAGUUACAGAAAGCAGGGGUUACGUUUCAAAUGGACAACCAUUUGCCAAACCUGGUUAAUCUCAAUGAAGACCCCCAGCUGUCGGAGAUGCUGCUCUACAUGGUAAAAGAAGGAGUAACUACAGUUGGAAAGUACAAGCCAAACUCAAGCCACGACAUCCAGUUAUCUGGAGUGCUCAUAGCAGAUGAUCACUGUACUAUCAGAAAUUUUGGAGGAACAGUGAGCAUUAUCCCAGCUGGAGAAGCAAAAACAUAUGUAAAUGGGAUGCACAUUUUGGAACCCACCAUAUUACAUCAUGGUGAUCGGGUGAUUCUUGGCGGAGAUCAUUAUUUUAGAUUUAAUCAUCCAGCUGAAGUCCAGAAAGGAAAAAGGCCAUCGAGUAGAAAUACUCUUACAAGUGAAGGUCCAAAAGACUUCGAGUUUGCCAAAAAUGAGCUGCUUACGGCACAGAGAUCACGACUUGAAGCAGAAAUAAAAGAUGCCCAGUUGAAGGCAAAGGAAGAAAUGAUGCAAGGAAUUCAAAUUGCCAAAGAAAUGGCUCAACAAGAGCUUUCGUCCCAGAAAGCUGCAUAUGAAAACAGAAUCCGAGCCCUGGAAGCAGAGCUGAGGGAAGAGUCUGAAAGAAAGAAAAUGGAGGAAAUGAAUAACCAAAAAGCUAGUCACAAAAUUGAAGAGCUGGAAAAAGCAAAGCAGCAUCUUGAACAGGAAGUGUACGUGAACAGAAGGCGGCUGGAGAUGGAGACCUUGGCUACAAAGCAGGCUUUAGAAGAUCAUAGAAUCCGCCAUGCAAGGAUCCUAGAAGCUUUAGAAAUUGAAAAGCAAAAAAUCGCUAAAGAAGUACAAAAUCUUCAGGAGAAUCGGGGAAACAGGGAUAAAACCUUUACAAUUCAGCCAAAUUGGAGCUCCAUGAAACUCUCCAUGAUGAUUCAGGAAGCCAAUGCCAUCAGUGACAAAUUUAAAAAAUAUUAUGUUUUUGCCAGACAUGAUACAUCAUCAGACAAAGGUCGUUCUGAUACUUCUGUUCGAGUUCGUAACCUGCAGCUUGGGAUCUCAACUUUCUGGAGUCUGGAAAAGUUUGAAUCUAAACUCGCAGCAAUGAAAGAGCUUUAUGAGAGUAACAGUGGUAACAGGAGCGAGGAUGUCUUUUGUGAUCCGGAAGAUGAGUGGGAACCUGACAUUACAAGCACACCAGUUUCUUCCCUUUCUAGAAGGAGGAGCAGAAGUUUGAUGAAGAAUAGGAGAAUUUCUGGUUGUUUGCAUGACAUACAGGUCCAUCCGACUCAGAGUCUGUACUCUUCACAUUCAUCAGGAUUAAUGGAAAAACCAAGCACCAUUUACUCAAAUUCAUCAGAAUCAUUUCUUCCUGGAAUUUGCAAAGAGUUGAUUGGCUCAUCAAUUGAUUUUCUUGGACAGAGUUUUGAUGAAGAAAAAUCUAUAGCAGAUAGCCUGAUAACUAAUCUUCUUAAAAUUUAUAAUGGGCUGUUUGCCAUCUCCAGAGCCCAUGAAGAACAGGACGAAGAAAGUCAAGAUAACUUGUUCGCCUCUGACCGGGCAGCACAGGCCCUUACCAUCCAGAUCGCUUGUGCCUUUGAGCAGCUUGUGGUCUUGUUCAAACACUGGUUGGAUGAUUUUCCACCUUGUACCAACUCAGCGAGGCUUGAAGAUGAAUUGAGACAACAUAUUAAAAAACUGGGAGGCUAUUUACAACUGUUUUUGCAGGGGUGCUAUUCGGAUAUUUCAUCGAUGGUGAAAGAGGCUCAGAACAAAGUGAUGGAGAUUAUGCAGCAGGCUGCUCAGUGCAUGGGUCAGCUAGCCAUUCUGAAAGGGAGCAAGCUCUGCCUUCUGGAAAGCAGCAUCAAGGUUUCCAGUGCCCAGGAAUUCAUGGCUGCUCUGCAGGAUGGUGCAGCCUCGGGGAUGAAGAGUCUCUUAGACUCUGGGCUGGAGCAAGUGCGGAAGCUCAGACAGGGUCUCGAAAAUCAGAGUGCACAGGAGGAGGUCACCAAGCACAUGAAAGCUAACGCUGUGGAGCUGGUUGGGUCUCUUGAAAAUACCUUUGCUGAGUGGAGAACAAAAGGCUUCAGAACUCAAGUACAAGAAGGUUCUAGACAACAAGGUUCCACGAUGUCAACUCUGGCAUCGGAAUUCUUGAAGUUAAAAUGUUGUGUGGAGAAGACCACUGAGAUUAUCACAUCUGCACUGAGAGGGUGCCCCAGUGACCUGCGCUGUCUCAGAAGCUGUACUGAAACCAUCUGCAGCCUGGCUCGCAAGCUCCACAGCGACUUCAGUGCGCCCUCUGCCCCUGCUGGCAGCUGUGGAGAUAGUCUAGAGUCUCUAGCGCGCUCUCUCCUCUUGGGUUUUGAAUGUGGAGGAAGAGCUGGCCUGUCGAAACCCUGGGAACCUUGCAAUGGGAAUAGCGAGGAAGAGCAGUGUGAGUCAGGCGGGACUGACCGCAGCAGAGGCGUACCAACACGGCAUGAACCACAUGCAGACACAUUCCCAGCAGUGUUGUCGGGGGAUGGCACCCCCAAAAGGAUUCAGUGGGUAUGAAACCACUGCACAGGCACUCGGUGACCAUCCUUGACCAAACAUUUUCCUUACGCAGGAGAACACAGAAAGAAAUGAGUGUAAAUACCUAGAGCCCAUGUCUGUGUGCAGCCUCUUGGUGGUUGUGGGUAAUACAAACAGUAUGGAGUCCUGCUCUCAAAAUGCCUCAGUGUAUGCUCAGAAUUUUAUAAGCAGACAGUUUUUUAACAGAGUUUACCAUGUUAGAACUGUGGCAUCAGAAUGAAAUUAAGGUCUCAGGAUCAAGUGAGUGACUGUGUCCUCAGUUUCUCAUUGCCUUGAGUUUUAAAUGCUUACCUUUAACCCUGUUCCACUGUCUCUAGCUGAUUCAUUAGUCUGUUUGUAGAUGGUUAUCAUUUUCUCAGGAAUGGGCCUGUGUAUUCUCUCCCACAAAUCUAGCGUAUAGGAGUAGGUUCAUGGUGAAAUUCUCAGCUCAAGUUUAACUAAGGCAGUUUACUGAAACUCUUUGUCGAAGUGCUAUUUGCCACCUUCAAUAAUAGACGGAUGUAAUUUGUUUCUUUCAAACUGUACAUAACUAAAGAUUACAUAAUAAUAAUAUGACCAGAUAGUAUCGUAGUUUACUCUGUUAUAUGUGUUCCAUAAUGGUUGUUCUAUUUAUAAAAUUUAAAAGUAGUAGUGAAAUGUGACCAGGAUCACUUGGAAGGGUCAGAGGCUGGCCCUUUUUUGGUGGCGCUUGUUUUGCUAAAGGGUAAUUGGUUUACAUGUUGUUUGAUGGAGAGAAAAUAUCCUUAUUAUAUUUCAUAGCUUUAAAAACCUUUCACGUACAAUCAAGUAAUAAAGAUAAUAUCCUAGCUUAGUGUUUACCUUAAGGAAAUGGUUUAACAUUUUUGUCCUCAAGAAUAUGUGUAAUUUGAAAGAUACAUAGUAUCUCUGCCUAGAUGAUUCUGGAGGGAAAUUCUUCUGAGCAGCCUGACCGUUUUGGCUUGUAGAUGUUGCCUGUACAUACAGCUCAGGGAAGUUGGCUUGAAUAUGCCUGCUGUUUUCUCUGUGGGGCGAGAUUGUAGAGGAGUACUCCCCUGGGCGGUUGGCAGAGCACUGAUGAUCCGGGCUGUCCUUGUGCCUCUGGGAGCUUUGAGGAGGUGCAGUGCAGUGGCCAGGCCACCCUGACUGCCCCUGAUCCUGAAAUGUGGCAGCGCAGACGACUUGUUUCCAUUUUCCUUGUUUCAUUUUGGCACUUGGGAUUUCUUUCUGAAGUCAAUGCUCUGGCAAGUAGCCCUUCUACCAAGCAGAUGAACUGUGAAGUAUGGAGAAGGGUUCUUCCUGCAGGCUGUACUUCCUUGAACUCACUAAGAUACCAGAUGGCAGCUUUCACCUCGCUGUGCAGCUGUUACUCUUCAGUUUCUCCGUCUCUUCUCCCUCGGCUUUUCUCUUUGAGACUUGAUCCUGCUGGGUAGCCGGGAGUGGCCUUGCCAUGUCAUCUUGCUGCCUGUGCCUCCUGAGUGCUGGGGUUACAGUGUGCGCCCCAAACCCAGCUAGUGUCUGUUUUUUAAACUCAUGUCUGUCCUCAAAAAUGUUUUAGAUAUGCUUGUGAGCUUAUUUAUAUUUAUGCUAAAUAAUUUGUUAGACUGUAUUGAGUGGAUGGUGUAAAAUAUGUUGCUGUGAGAAUCAUGUGCACUGAAGAGUGUUAUAAAGAGAGUGCC